AUGUGCUAUUGUAAUCGUGUCGAUUUUGAGCUACGUCCCAUAUGUUCAAGGACAUGCUACCCUCCCCGCUCCUCUCCUGCGGAGCAGGAGCAACGGGGUCUGGGGCGGAGCCCCAGCCGCCGGAGGCAUUUGGCUCCAGAAAAGUUACUCAGUACCCACUUGAGCACAAUUGGCAAGGAUACUAACAUAAAAAAAGGUGAUGGUAUUGGAGCUGAAAUCACCGACUCUGUCAAGACCAUUUUCAAGGCCGAGAACGUCCCAGUUCAAUGGGAACAAGUCGAUGUCACUGGUUUAGUCGAGCCCGCCAACUCUUUGGCUGAGUACCCCGACGCCUACCAAGAGGCCAUCAGAUCUCUUCAAAGAAACAAGGUUGGUCUUAAGGGUAUUCUUUACACUCCUGUUGACCGUACUGGCCACCCCUCUUUCAAUGUUGCUCUCCGUAAGGAAUUAGACAUUUUCGCUUCUUUGGCUUUGAUUAAGAACAUUCCCGGUGUUGAGACCAGAUUGAAGGAUAUUGACAUGGUCCUUGUUCGUGAGAACACCGAGGGUGAGUACUCUGGCCUUGAACACAGACCCACUCCCGACAUUGUCGAGUCUUUGAAGAUCAUCACUUCGUACAACUCUGAGAGAAUUGGACGUUUUGCCUUUGACUUCGCCAUUACCAACAACAGAAAGAAGGUCACUGUUAUCCACAAGGCCAACAUUAUGAAGGCCUCUGACGGUUUGUUCCGUGCUACUAUCAAGAAGCUCGGCGAGCAAUAUCCUCAAAUCACUGUUAACGACAUGAUUGUUGACAACGCUUCUAUGCAAGCCGUUUCUUGGCCUCAACAAUUCGACGUUUUGGUCACCCCUAAUUUAUACGGUACUAUCUUGUCUAACAUUGGUGCUGGUUUGAUCGGUGGUCCUGGUCUUGUUCCCGGUGCCAGUAUUGGUCGUGAGCACGCUGUUUUCGAGCCUGGUUGUAGACACGUUGGUUUGGAUAUCAAGGGCCGUAACUCUGCUAACCCCACUGCCAUGAUCCUCUCUGCUGUCAUGAUGUUGAGACACUUGGGUCUUGAUGGCUAUGCCGACAGAAUCUCCAAGGCCACUUACGACGUCAUUGCUGAGGGUAAGACCAGAACCCCUGAUUUGGGCGGUAACAACACCACUACCGAGUUCACCCGUGCCAUCCUUGACCAAUUGGAGAAGGCCUAA